AUGACUUGGGCUGUUGAACUUUUCCAAUAUGACCUACAGUAUGAACCCAGGCACACGAUCAAAGCUCAGGCCAUGGCUGACUUCCUAGUAGAGGUGACAGGGGACCCUGCCGGACACCGAGCACACAGUGGAAGCUCCACGUUCACGGAGCAUCCAAUCAAACAAUACGAGGCCCUGCUGGGCGGCCUAACUUUAGCAAGAGAGGUCGGAGCUACCAGACUGGAAGUAUGUAGCGACUCGCAGGUCGUAACUUCUCAGAUCAAUGGGACCUACCAGGCUAGAGACUCACUGUUACAGAAGUAUCUGGAGAAAGUCAAAGAGUUGAGUAAGCAAUUUGAGGAGGUCACGAUCCAGCACGUUCCGAGGGAAAGGAACACACGGGCAGACCUCCUGUCCAAGCUAGCGAGCACAAAACCAGGAACUGGCAACCGGUCUCUCAUUCAUGGUUUGAUAAAAGAACCAGUAGUGGCUUUACAUCUGACCCAGUCAGAUCCCUCUUGGAUGGACCCGAUCAUCGACUUCCUAGAAAAGGCCAGGCUCCCCAGUGACGAGAAGGUGGCCAAAGCGAUAAGGCGUGAAGCGGCUAAGUAUGCGGUCAUACAAGGCCAGUUGUUUAAAAGAGGGCUGAGCCAACCGCUGCUGAAGUGCCUACGCCCCGACCAAACGGACUAUGUCCUCAGAGAAGUCCACGAAGGAUGCUGUGGCCACCAUAUUGGAGGAAAGGCCCUAACCAGAAAGCUCGUCAGAGUCAGAUAUUACUGGCCCUCUAUGAUGGCAGAUUCCAAAGAAUUUGUGAGAAGGUGCAAAAGAUGCCAGGAGAAUUCCAACCUCCACAAAGCACCAGCGACUGAACUUAGCCUACUGACGGCUUCCCGACCUUUCUUACAAUGGGGAAUUGAUCUCUUAGGACCCUUCCUGGUCGGGCCAGGGCAGGUCAAAUACCUGAUAGUGGCCAUUGAUUAUUAUAAAAAGUGGAUAGAGGCCGAGCCGUUGGCUAGCAUAUCCUCGGCAAAUUGCAGGAAGUUCAUGUGGAGGCAGGUAAUAGAAAGAUUUGGUAUCCCGAAAGCCGUUAUCUCGGAUAACGGGACACAGUUCGCCGAUAAAAAAUUUGGGGAAUUUCUUGCCGGUUUGGGCAUAAAGCAAAAGUUCUCGUCAAUUGAGCACCCCCAAACCAACGGGCAAGUUGAAGCUGCGAACAAGGUCAUCUUGCAGGACCUCAAGAAGCGACUCGACCAAAAAAAGGGAGCGUGA